UCUUUGAUUUGGGCUUUUAGAAGGCGAAGUGACUUGGAGGAGCUCAGUUCCUCUCUUUGCUCCAGUGAUCACCUUUGCUGCGGCUCGGGGGGCAAUUUGUAUUAAGGAAACUGCAGUUUCCUCUCACUUCAGCGUGCAAGUUACAGGACGGAUUUAUGACGCCAUAAAUAUGAGAGGAUCCACGCGACAAACCUCCUCCGCUCCGUUAUUUGACGUCUGGACCAUAUGAGAUGAGCCGCACAUGGAUCUACACUGAAGUUAUUGGAUUUUCACUCGCGGGAGAUUAAUUUGACAAAUGCGCUGCAUCCUCAUCAGGCUAUGAUUAUUUUUGGGAAUAUCUGACAUGGCAAGGAUAAUAUCCAUCCUCGCGAAAAUCAUGCUUUUCAAAAUACUAGGAUUAAUUCUCCUACAAGGUGUCUUGACAUCCGAUGCCACGGUCAAAUCAGAGGUCACCCCUGGGAUUCUCCCAGACUCCAGCAGGGUGUUUGGCUCCGGGGGAUCCUCCAGCACGCAGCUGUCUGAGGCAGCGGAGACAAAGUCCAGACCUAAGCGCUGCACCUGCUAUUCCUACAAGGAUAAAGAGUGCGUCUACUACUGCCACCUGGAUAUCAUCUGGAUCAACACCCCCGAGCGCACUGUGCCCUAUGGAAUGUCGAGCUACCGAGGCCCUCAGCGUAUCAGACGUGCUGCUGUCGGACCACCAGCUGAACCUGAGGGGGCAAAGACUCAGCGCUGCAUUUGUGUUGUACUUGAUGGAGAUCCUCAGUGCCAGGAUUUUUGUCUGUCGAGCCCUCUGCAGACAGAGCCAGGCAGGAGUCUCCACAGGGUCCCUGGCCCUGGAUGACAGUUUGACAGCUCUCCAUCUUCUGCUCUUCUCUUCUUGGGGGACUGGACUCUUCACUCCUUUGCGGGGCCCCUUCACUCUCCGUUUGGCACUCUUGCCGCCACAGGUACACUCACAGUCAAGGAAAGAACUUUGAAGCAAGUUCCAUCAGGCCGAGUGGUUUCAAGAACUCUUCAGCAAAUUCAGUUCAGAUCCCUGGAGGCUAUCCCCUUUUUGUUCCCUCCUAAGAGCAGCAUGAGGAUUACUUGCACCAUAAUGCAAAAAUAAUACAAUAGCCAAUGACUUUGCUUCUGUCAAGCUUGUGCAGACAAACCAUUUGUAUUCACACCUGGUUGCAGAUUGUUGUGGACUACACUUGACUCUAUUGUGCAAAACAACGAGAUAAACUUGUAUCAAUGUAUAAGAGACAACUACUACUUGUGCAAAAAUAUUGGAAGGCAAUAAGUGCCACCAGAAACCAUGGAAAUCAGAGGCAAGGCGGGGUUUGUGAUAGCUUGCCUUUAAAAAUAUCAAAACAUGCAAACGAAAAAGCUUUUGGCCACUUGUGUUCUUGGGCCAACUGCUCUUUGGUUUAUGAGACUAUUUACAGUCCGUCUGGAAAGCAGUCACACUCUGAUAGUUUUUUUUUUAGCGUAUCAGUUCUUUCAGCAAUAAUAUAGCGUGCUCUGUACAGCUGAGCUAUCGGUGGUAUUUGUUGGGCUUUUCCCUUACCUCCACUGACUAACUGUUGUUUUUCAGUUGAAAACAUUUAUCCGCAGUGAAAUUUGUAUUGAACCAUCCCUUGCUGAGUGUAGAGUCUACUAAACCAACCAAAAACACAGUGAGUCCCACAUACAGUGUCCCAAUGCUCAUUAGUGCACCAAAUGUAUGUUAAUCUGCAGAUGAAAAUAGUCCCUAACAAAUGCACUUUACUCCUGUUUCAGUGACAUUUACGAAAAACUACAGUGCCCAGCUGUUCCUGGAAAAUAUUUAGCUUUUGCUAAAAAUGAAACUAUAUAGAGUUUUUGUGACUCAGUUUUACAGAUUUACAUCUUCAUUAGAAAUGAUCAGGCUUGGGGCUGAGUGCCACAGACAGGGUAGGGGCGAUGGAAAGUACUGAGGCAGACAUAUCGUCGCUUUAGGUCUUGUAAUGGACUUUAUUCGCAACAAUAAAAAUACGGAAUAAUGCCAGACUUAUCUUUCAAGUGAGAGAUUUUUUUUUUUAAGUGUGGGGGGUGGGGUUGGUACCGUAUUGCCCAAGGUCUCAACAGACUGCGGUUGAAGUGUGUCGAAAUCCAUGAAGCUAUGCUACUAGAGUUCAAUAUGAUACAAUAACAUGCAGUGCUCCACCAUAGUCGGGCGACUGUGUUCCUUGCUUCUGGGGCCACAUGUGCCUUCCCCUCGCAGUAAUUGAAUCCUUCCAGUUUCUCUCUCUUUUACCUCCACUGCUCUGUCUCCAUCCACUUUGUCAAAUAAUUCCUUUGGCUGAUGCUGAGCAAACAUUAUUCACUUACUUAUCCUAUUAAAAUAUUUGUUUCUUUUAUCAUUUUCUAUCAAUAGCACAAAUAUUCCUCCUGUCACAAGGAAGCUAACAUAUAAUACAGACAAGCGUUUGUACUUUCUCUCUUUUUUGUCGGGCAGCAUUUGGUCCCACCAAAUCAACCGUUACCAAAUUACCAAACUAUGUGGUCUACUCUAGAAGUAGAGGUAGACAAGUAUUUGUUAGCGCCUGCUGGUUUGUGGUCCAUGUGGUUACGGUGCCCUGAGAGCAUUUCCAUUAAAAAGGAGCUUAAUAUGAGGAGGCAUUUCAAGACAACACGCUCUGAGUUUGGCACAACUUCUCCACUGAGGCCUGAAACUUAUACUGGGAUUACACUUUUUUUUUUCUCUAUUUAUAAUAACUUGCCCAGUGUCUUGCCAAGAAUACAUCACCACUUGUUUAGUAAAAGCAUUCGUUGUUGUUAAAGGGGGACCUAUUAUGCUCAUUUGCAACUUUAUUUUUUAUUCUGGGACUCCACAAGAGUAGCUUUGCACGAUUCAAAGUUCAACCAAUGUCCUUAUUUAUAUCAAACUGCCUGUUAUGCAGCCCCUCAGUUGAGCGUCUGACUGACACAGACAAUAUUGGCUUGGGCCUCCUUCAGAUCCCACUCUCUCCUGUUUAACAUCUGGAAGCCUGCCGAGGGGCUUAUUACCUGCUUAUUUUGUGGCAUAACAGUAGAUUUAGUCUUUCAGUCAUGAUCCGUGUAUUACAUUUUCUACAUAAUGCCCCUGUUAAUAGUUGUACUUGUGGGAAAUUUGAUAAAGUGCAGACUGAUGUAGAAAACUUCUGCUGUCAGGAAAUACAAAAGAUGAUGUUGUCACCAAACAACUGUAUACUAAACGUGCACCGCUGGUUAUUUGUACGCUGGAUCACAUUUAAUAAUACUCAACAAGCAGACAAUUUUAGGAGAUUAAGUCUCGUCACUUGAGAAGUAGAAAGAACCAUUGGAAACCUAGCGUUCAGACCAGUCUGAUGCCAAGCUUUUGUUUACAGGGUUUACUUUUUAUGUUUAUCUCAUUAUUUGAAACUUUGGCCACAUAUAUUAUUGACAUCUGACAUGUAACAUGAUAUAUAUGACAGGAAAUACAGAAAAGUGUAAUAGGUCCUCAGUUCGACAAAAGUACCACAAAAAGGAUUUGAGCUGGUUAUUGUUGCCUUUUUGCACACAGCAGCUUGGAUCAGAACGUUGACAUGAAAAAUGCUCCAUCCUAAGGAAACUCAGCUGUUCUGGUCCAAACAAACAAAACAUGUCUAUGACAGUUUCCUCUGCUGGUCAGUAGAUGGUCAAUUAAUCAGCAUUAAAAAUCAAAUAUAAUUUUAGAGGGCCACAUUGUACACAUGUAAUAGAUUAAUUGUUGUUGUUUACUGAAAUUAUUACUUUAUAUAACAUGAAAAGAGACCAUGAAAUGCUACCAGCACAAUAUAGUGAUUCUGUAGCUUGAGUCAAUAAAUAUUAGUGAACAGAGGCCAUACAGUCGCCAUUACUGGCUUGUGUGUUUGCAUAUGUGUGUGUGUGUGUGUGUGUGUGUGUGUGUGUGUGUGUGUGUUUGUGUGUGUGAAUGGGCAGUAAAGAACGUGUCACCUCGUACAACGUGAUGAAUGAAAGAAUGCAACAUUCAAAUCGGUGCACAAGAAUCUUGCAUACUUUCUAAAAUCAAUUUUUCUGUGAGAAAUAUAAGCAUGUUUCUGGAUGAAAGAAUAAUCAGAGUAUCUGUAGUUUUGUUACAGAGACCAAGUUGUUCGCCAAGAACUCAAAAAGGACAAUGAUCAUAACCAUGAUCUGACACAUGGAGAAAAAAUGUAUGGUUUCAAAUGACUCUUCCAACAAAUAGUUGUGUUCUCACUUUGUACAGUAUGUAUAGUAUGUAUCUAUGUACAUUUAGAAAUCUCAUAUUACUAUAUCUUUAUACAUCAACAUAUAUAUUAUGGGAUAAUAUAAAGGGAAUACAUGUGGAACUGGAAAAGGAGGACACCAUAAUCUAACUGUAUAACAAAACAUGUUGUCUGAAACUACGCUGUAAAGCUUGAAUUGCUCAGACUUAACCACUAGUAUUUAUAAUUCACUUUCCUCCUGCCUGUUACAGGCUGGUAAUGGUGGUUUUACUACAGCAGUGGAUUCUAGCUUUAAGAGAAAGUAAAAGGCAGAGAACUACUACUAGAGCUUCUUUUGACAUCAUCAGGCACUCAUUUUGUUUUUAUGUUCUUUUCAUGAAAAAAGUUGUGACUAUAUUGUUACUUUCUUAAAAGCAUUCAUCUGUCUUCAUCAGCUAUAUGUAGAUACAUCUAGUUUCACUCUUAUACAUGAGCUGUAUUCCAAGUCGUGGAAAUAAAUGCCACUGUACGCCAAUCACUGAGGUUUAAUUGAAAAAAAAAAGAAACUGAUGUUUCAAGCACCACAAGUGGUUAGGUUUCUGUUUGUCAUCCCCAGACAUAAAGUCAAACUUAUUGUUUAAUGUUAAUUAUCACUUUGUGUAUUUGUACUAUGUUCUUUGCAUAAAUAACAUGGACAUAUUUAUUCUUUCCUCUUGUGUAGAACGUAUUUGCAAUUUACAGGCCUCAGGUGGGAUCCCAGCCAGACUGCAUACAGUGAAAUUAAGUACGCAGACCCAGCAGAGAAGAAAUCUUUUAUGGGAAUAUUUGAGCUUCUCUGGUCUGGGAAAAAAAAAGUGGUCCAAUGUGGGAAGGUACUGUGUACAGCACAGCUGGAUUAGCCUGGGGGUUUAUUGUCUGUUGGGUGUUUACAUGGUCAACUGCAGUGCUUAAACCCUCCAUUUUCCCUAAAUUCUUUGCUAGUGGCCAUCUGAGUAGUAUUCAUGGGCUGAGUUGAAUUUAUGGUCGCCAACCAUGCGGACCUACCCCACAUUCCUUCGAUGAGCUAUGAAAUGCGACCAUAUCCAGUUAUAAGCUUGCUUUCAAUUCUCAAGGCUACCUCUGGUGUGAUUUCAUAUUUUUAUUUCUCAAAGUGGGCCAGUGCAUUGUACAGUAUCUAAUAUAUUUUGAGUGUCAUCCUGUAAAUUGUACACCAAAAUUAAACUGAGCAACAAUACCUGCAUAUUCUACUGUGGCUAAAUAAUUACAUAAUUAAAUAAUGAUGAUGAUGAUUUUUUUUUACCUUGCUAUAUGAGAGGAUUACACAAAGCGAUUUCCAGAAACUGACAUAACUGUACAAAAGUAUACAGAAACUGGUUGUGAUCGUUUUCCUGUUAUCCUGAGAUCAUGUCAAUUAUCUUGUUAUCUUGAGAUAAAGUUGUUUUUUCUUGAUAAGAUCAUUUUCUCGUCAAAUGGAGAAAACUAAAUAUAAACGCCUGAGACAAUGGGUUAAUUUUCUUGUUGAACGGAGAAAAGGUGUUUACGUUUUCUAAAGAUAAGGAGAACAUUAUCAUGUUAUAACACAAAAAUGACUUAUGCAGAGAUCACAAGGUAAUUUAACUUGAGAUAACAAACCUUAAAUAAAAACUUUAUCAUGGUUCUUUAUAAAUUAUACAUGAGUUUUUUUUUUAGGUAAAUCACAAAAUAAUAUAUUUCAUGCAGUUGAGCUGCAUUUCUGCAUUUUUGCCCUUGUAAGACAGAACAUGAGACCAUCUGGACCCCUUGAAGCCCUAAUACCUCCUAUCAUCCUGGAAUGUUGUAUUAAGUCUACCCCAAAUAAGCCUACCCUGGAGCCUCAGUAUAAACUUUCUGCACUGAGCAUCAACAAUAUCACCCAGUUAGCAAGGACCUUAUUCCCACAGUAUACCCUGGGAAAUAUUUCUGUGCAGACAUCCUGACCAUGCGACAGCAGGUUCAGGGCCCCUACCAUAGCUUAUGUUGUUUGUGCUCAGGUUCAAUAAAUGAAUAGACCUUUUGUCCCUGGUUACCCGCAUCUGAAAGACAAUCAUGAUUGCUCCGACCACACAAGCAUUUCCAGACACGAUAUCAUGCUGAGUUUUGUGUAGUGUGUAUUCUGCUUGUAAUUUGGGUUAUUAAACAUAUAAUGUUCCCAAUAAUCCAUUCUAAAGGCAUGGUAUUAUACUUGGCUUAUAGUACAUGAUAUUCUUUAUUUGGUGCAUGAAAGAGAUGCCAAAAAAAAAAAAUCAAGUCUAAAUAUGAAAUCAUUUAAAUUUUUCUCAAAUGUCUGAUAGCUGUUUCUGAUUAGAAUAUUGCUUCAGAUUCCAUCAUAAUAUUUGUAAUAAUUUUGUAAUGUUUUUGUUUUUCAAUGUAUACAGAGAUAAAUGUAAUUAGGAUGUGAAGAUGCAUUAAAGUCUCUUAUCUUUUGGUUAUAACAUAA